AUGUCAGAUGACAACGGUAUUAUCCAAAUUCCUGACCCAUCACCAGCCACUAAUCGUAGUUAUCAAGCAGGUAGAGCCGUUUAUAACUGUCCCAUUCGUAUGUUUGAACCUGUAACCAAGACCCUGGCUUCCUUCAAAACCACUUUCUCCUUUCAGUUCAGAGCCUCCAUGUUCACAUCCAAUGCUACUGAUGAGUCAUCCUUAAGCCGUGAUCAAGGCGGGAGAGCCGGACCCUGGCUCGGCUUACUUAAUGACGCAUGCGACCACUACAAGAUUUUUGCAAUCGAGUUCGAUAAGAGUCAUGACACAGAGUUUGGCGAUCCUAACGAUGAUCAUGUCGGAAUCAACCUUGGAACCAUUGUUUCCAUGAAAACGGCCGAUCUAUCAGAAACCACAGUUUCCCUCCAUGAUGGUUCUGUUCAUCGAGCAUGGAUCAAUUAUGACAGUUGUCGGAAAUGGAUUGAUGUUUAUCUUGGAGCUGACAAUGGUCACGUGCCGAACCUAACCGUAUUAUCAUUGCCUCUGGAUCUCUCGGGUUUUCUCAACGAAUUUAUGUUUGUUGGAUUCUCGGCCUCCACAGCCAAAUCAACACAAAUCCACAGUGUUCUAUCAUGGAACUUCUCUUCUGCAAUCGAAGCCUUUCCUCAAGUUCCCAGCGAAAGAACUUGCAAAAGAAACCUCAUCCACCAAGUUUCCAAAGCUACACUCAAAUUCAGCAAAUCAGAAGUGCUAAACAGCGACCCGAAAGGCGUCCUAUAUAGAGGAACUCUUCCCAAUGGCCGUCAUAUUGCAGUUAAGUGGUUCUCGCAGCACUUGGAGAGUCAGACCAUUGCAUCGAGCAUUCACGCCCGAAUAAUGAAAAGAAUUAAUGGCUUGAACCAAUUUUGCCAUCCUAAUCUGGCUCCUAUCAAAGGGCGGUGUUACAACAGUAAGGAGAUGAUCGUCAUCUAUGAUUAUUUCCAGAAUGGGAGCCUCGACAAAUGGCUUUUCAGACUCGGUGUCCUUCCCUGGACUCGCAUGUUCAAUCUCAUUGAAGAUAUAGCAAAAGCAUUAAGUUUUCUCCAUUCUAAGGGCACCAUUCAUGGAAAUUUGAGGACAAGCAGCGUGUUUCUCAACAUUAGCUAUGGAGCCGUUCUGGCGGAUUAUGCAUUACUUACCGUCGUGGCCAAGUCAAACAGAGGCGAGAAUGGAUUCAUCGGUAAGAGAAAGGAUGUGUUCAGGUUCGGGAUGCUGGUACUAGAGAUCGUUGCCAGGAAGAGAAGUGUGAGCGUGGGUGAGAAAGAGGAGACAGGAGUUUUGGAAUUUGCAUGGAGCAUGUACGAGAGAGGAGAGAAGGACUAA